UAUAUAUAACGGUUCACCACCCACCGUCGCCGCCUUAUGCACAAAUCACCCUAAUCAGCACCCACCUAGCUGAAAAUAGCUUUCUGACCGAGUAGACGAGUCGAAUUAGUAUUUGAAAUGAGUGUAUGCCAAGCAAAUGAGAGCCACAACUGAGUGUAAGUGGGAGAAGCGUUCUCUUGCUAUGCUCGUGUGAAGCAUUUACCGCUACUCGUGAACAGUUGUAGGCGAUCGUGGCGAUAUUCGUGUAACGUUCGUGUUGAGUAAAGGAGAAAAUUUGAAAAAUUACUUUCAAAAAUUGUUCUUCGUAUUUGAAAUUUUUAAAACACUUCUACUCGGUAGCCUAUCCCAGACAGCAGAUACUACAACUGCGAACUAUGUACGCGCUGUCCGUUCGACGGGAUUAUUUAACGUUGAAAAUGGACUGCGCCGUUAGUCCAGUUUAUAAUAUGCUUUGAAAAUUAUUUUUUUUAGUUAACCAAAAAAAUACCGUUAAAAACUCUAGUGUAAGUGCAAGUGUUGCGAAAUCAUUACAAAAGUUAAAGUGAGUGAAAAUUAGUGUUUCUGAAAAGCAGAAAAUAAAAUUCCAAUCGAUGUGGCUCUACUAACCGUUCUCUAACGUUUUGGUGUUGGUGUCGGUGUCGGUGGCAUAGUUGUUGGUGUUGCAAAAUAGAUGCUGAUGCGUUGGCAAUUUCCGUGAAUUCAUCGUCAUCGUCAUCGUCAAUCGUUGUGAAAAUAAAUCAGUAUAUCCACGCAAGAUAUAACGGCAUUUAGUAUUACGAGGCGUGUUGCUGGCGUGGAAAUUUACGAAAUUGUCAAAAAAAUCGGAACAGUCAAAAAAUGGGCAAUCAACAGGGAAAAUUACAAAAUCAAAAUCAAAGCGGUAGACCUAAAAAAGUUGUUACUUGGAAAUCAGCAGAACGACCCUCUCCACCUGGACGUCCUGUGCUAAUACCACUUUCCGAACAGCAACCGGAUGUCGUCAACUUACGUUGGGAACGUCCGAAGCUGGAUGGCGGUUCUCCCAUUACAGGCUAUGUUGUCGAACAUCGUCGUAUGGGCUCGCCGCAUUGGGUGCGCGCCACACCUGUAGCAGUGCCCCAAUGCGAGGUAUCAAUUAGCGGUUUAGAGCCCGGUUGGCGUUACCAAUUUCGUGUAUUUGCCGAGAAUAUUGUGGGUCGCUCGGAUCCCAGUGAUUUGUCUGAUGCACUUACUGUCACACUUCAGCGCACCGCCAUCUGUGUACCGAGUUUUAUUGAGGAACUGCAGGAUCGCCAGGCCGUCGAAGAUGAACGUAUUGAAUUUCGUGUGCGUGUAGUUGGACAACCAGCACCUGAAAUCAAUUGGUUCAAAGACGGUUACGAAAUAUUCAGUAGUCGACGAACGAAAAUUUUAAACGACAACGACGUCAGUGUCUUGAUUAUUCACCAGGUGGCGCUCACCGAUGAAGGUGAAAUCAAGUGCACGGCGACAAAUCGAGCUGGCCACGUGGCCACUAAGUCCCAGCUAAUGGUGCAAGCACCACCAAAAAUACGUUUGCCACGCACCUAUGAAGAUGGUUUAAUCGUUGAGUCGGGUGAGGUAUUGCGUUUGAAGGUUGGUGUGGCUGGGCAACCAUCACCGGCUGUUACAUGGCUGCAUGAAGGCGAGGUAGUACCUAAUAGUGGACGCUUUGAAAUUUCAAACACCGACCGUAAUUCAUUGCUUAAGAUCGACAGUAUACAGCGCGAUGAUCGUGGCGAGUACAGUGUGCGCGCGUGGAAUCGGCUGGGCGAAGAUGUUACCUCAUUUCUGGUAACAGUUACCGCACGUCCGAAUCCGCCGGGCAAAGUGCAACUCAACAUGUCGUUUGGCAAGUCCGCGACGUUGUCGUGGACAUCGCCACUCGACGAUGGUGGAUGUAAAAUCGGCUAUUAUAUUGUCGAAUAUUUUCGUGUUGGUUGGAACGUUUGGCUCAAAGCGGCCACCACCAGGUCCCUCAGCACCACAUUACAUGACUUAAUCGAGGGUUCCGAAUAUAAAUUUCGGGUGAAAGCAGAAAAUCCGUAUGGCGUUAGCGAUCCUAGUGAGGAGUCCGAAGUGCUUUUCAUACCUGAUCCGAAACGUGGUAUUACGAAACCAAAGUCUGACACCAAAUUAACAGAAGAGAAAAACAAGCCAGCACCGCCACGUCGAAAAGCAUUAUCUCCGCCGCGUCCACAUGCAGAUGCGUCGACGGAAAUAUCACCUGGUGCUUUACGUAAGCCGAAACCGCAAUUAAUCGAUACAGAAGAUCUACAUCGGGAAAUGUCCUAUGGCGCUGCCGAUAAAGCGCUAAAGCUGGACACACGUCGUAGUCCGUCGAACCCUAAUACACAACAAAAAUCUGCGCCGAGCUCACCAAGCACUAAAGCUUUGUCGAUGAGCACAAAACCGUCACUCACAACGUCACCAACAUCGCCAACUGCAAAGUCACCACACCGUUCUCCGCUGGCUGAAAAGAAGUCGAUGCCACAAUUCUUGCAACAAUUAUUACCAUCUAAGGAUAAGUCGCCAUCACCAUCGACUCAAAAGAUCAACCCAGCAUUAGCAACACCAGAACCAGAACUCACACCCGAAAAACCGUCCACACCGGAGAUAUCUCGUUCCUCAUUACAUCGCAAACGUAGUCUUAGUCCAUUACGCAAGAGUCCCACUCCACCAGAAGUGAUUAACAAGACACCGGCUCUACAACGUAGUGCCGAACCCGUACAACUGGGUGUGAAUCAGCAAGUACGACGGCUUUCAGGUCACAGCCUCAGUCCUGCAAAAAAUGCACCAUCUUUAGCUGUAGCCAUAGCGACAGGCGCAUUAGGCACGAUGGGCAUGCAGGCAGAAAAGUCGCCCGAAUCAAAAAAGAGAGAGCGUAAGCAAAUUACCGAAAGAAAGGAACGGGCUGAAGUGAGUGAAACUACAAAACGCAUAGACCAAAAGUACAGGGAAGUUCAAAAAGAUCAACACGAGGAUUUCAUACAAGCAGAGAAAAGUGAACGUUUUAAUUCGCGAAAAACACAACACGAAGAGCUUGAAAGCCAACAACAAACGAAACGGCAGGAAAAAAGAGAUAGACUUGAGCAGACACAGAGAGACAAGCAUGCAGAGUGGAUUGAAUGGGUUGAAAAAGCGAACGGCAACAAUGCGGCACUUCAGCAUAAAAGUCAAAAUAAUAACAGCAAUAAUCACAAAAAGCAAAAUGUGUCAACCCUCACAAACCCAACCAUACAGAUAAGCGCACCUCCAACAAUAAAAGAGCCCAUUUCACCAUCUCCGCCCAAGAGUCCGCUCUCUCUAGCGGAGAAACAUGAUGAUGUACAUACCAGCAAUGAAUUUAUGUUGGUCGUCUUCGAUAAGCACAGUAAAGUUAAGGAUAAAAAUAAGCAAGACUCCUUUGAAUUGGAUUUAGAAGAUGCACUACAACCACCACCGAUUUCGAUCUCUUCACCCGAUCUCGCAUCACUCGAAUUUACAAAUCUGCACACCUUCCCGCUUCGGCGUUCGGUUAGCUCAACGGAGCUCUUGUACGAACGAGCCAUGGCACGCUUCUACGAAGCUGUCGAAUUGGAGGAAGCUGAAAAAGCGCGCAAGUUAAAAAGUAAACAAGAUAAAGAAAAUCAGCGAGAUAAUGAGAAAGUCUGGGAAAAGGAUAUUGAGAAACCAAUUGCUGGCGCAGGUUUACAACCACCUUUCGUGCGUAAGCGUCUCGGCUCUAUGACUGAAGCGGAGCGUUCAUCUUUCGAACGUCGCAGUGAGUUACGUCGUCAGUCCGAGAGCUUUGUGCAAGAUCUUAAAACGGCCGUAGCACGUUGGGGUUCACGUGAAAAUUUAACUGGCACGAAGCAGCUUUCACGCACGACGGGUAUGUUGCUAAACAAGAACGACAGUCGUGACGAAGCUGAGAGAGAAGAAGAAGAAGAUUACAAUGCUGAAGACUAUGAUGAUUUGUUAGAAGGCGACACCGCUAGCGGGUAUCAAGCUAGAGCGGAGCCGACAAACCAAGCAAGUUUCGAAAUUGAAUCGGACUACACUGAGAGUACAGCAAGCUCAGAAGAUGAUUCAAUUGAAAAAUUCAAAAUGGAAUUGAGAGCACGCACUAAAACACCUAGUCCACCGAGAGCUAGUCCACCUAGAGACCAUAUGGAAACUUAUCAUCCUCGUAAUAUGUCGGCUGGCGUGUUUACGCCAUAUCGCGCAGCUUUGCCGGAUAAUGCCGCAGUGGUGCUUACACGCCCAGCACCGCUCACUGAUCCGGAUUUUGUGCCGAAACCGAUUUUGAAACGACCAUCCAAUGAGAAUGUGCAGCCACUAGUCGAGGCGGAACCACAUAACAAUAGCAAUAAUAAUAGUAAUAAUGAUGUAAGAAAGAAUAGUUUGGAGAACAUAGAAAGCAUUAGCGACAACAAUAAAAAUCAAACCGCCAAUAACACUGCCAGCCAGGAGAAGUCAGGUUUUGCCGAAAGUUUCAUGUCAUUCUUCAAGCGUGAUACGCGUACGAACACCGAGAAAGGUAGCGAAGAAAAUUCCAGUAUCAGCGGUCUUACAGAUAAACCAAUACCGUUAAGCCCCACUGUUGUCGCUGCAGAAUUGGAAGCCCAACGUAAGGCUAAAGAAGCGGAGAAUGCCAAACGACAGGAAGCCGAACGUGUCAUGCGUGAAGAAGCUUACGCCGUUGUAGAUCACUACAGCGAUAUUGUAAGUCAAGUUAGUACCACACGCAAGUACCACACACCAAUCUAUCUUGACAAGAAUGAACUGAAGAAGACAGGUGACAAUAGAGAUUAUGACGACGAAAUGCACAUGCGUCGCUCACAAUCACCAGAUGGGGGUCUUAUACCACCGAUUAGUAAUAAACCGCGUCUCUCAAUAUCCGAGCGUGGACAAUUGGUGCACGUACGUGAAACCGGCAGUGGCAUGGCAUACACCGAACACGCUAAAGAAGCGGUGCCAGAUACACCAACACCGAGUGAGGAUAGCUCACUAGCGUUCACCAUGCCACCAGUGAAGGAGAACAAACCACCAACUAUUAACAACAAAAUACUCCCCAAUACUAUAGCACCCACAAGCUCAACAAUAAUGUCGGAACUGCUGGCAAACGAUGAUAGCACCACCGCUGAAGUAAUCAGCGAAACCACCUACGAGCGUCCCGAUUCCCGCGGACGCACACGCAUCGUCAAAGUGAAGCGUAUCAUUAAGAAACGCGUACCAUCACGUUCCCGAGACGCUUCACUUAACCGACCACCAUCCAGCGCUGCAUCGCAGCAAGAUAUAGAUUUCGAUAUUCCCAUCGAAGCGCAAGCGCCGGUCAGGCGACGCGUGCUCUCACGUACACGUACCUCUACCGGUCAAUCAAAGUCCCCCGGACCCUACGGCAGACGUCCACUACCAGCACCGGCAACCGGUACUGGUGUAUUGCCGCCAUCACCAGAAGUACAACUCUCUAUGGUCGCUAGUGAGAAGUUGGAGUUGGAGACGAAGAGCGUUGAACAGCUGGAGGAAGAGACGCAUGAAAAAGUUCGUUCAGCGCUGAGUUAUUCCACUGAUUUGGUUCUCUUUAUGGUGGCUUGCUAUGUUUACCUCUUCAAGGAUGCUUGGCUAGUUUUGCCCAUAUUAUCUUUGAUGAUAUACAGACAACUAGGAGAUUUCCUUAAUGAUUGCAUACCAAAAUGGAUGAAACGAAAAAAGAAUUGAUAAAGAGAAAGUAUAAAGAAAUUGAAAAUCGUGUGGCUAAACAAAGACAAAACAACACUGGACAUACUACAGAGAAUAUGAGAAAUUUCAUAACAGAACACAUAACGGAUGCAUGGCAAUUGUUGGAGAGCAAGAGCGCUUUUACACGAAGAGCAGUGAAAAGCAGACGAAGUGUUUUGCCCGGUCCUUAGCGAUUUUUUUUUUUAGCUUUAAAGGAAAGGAAAUGUGAAAUAAGGAAUUUAAUUGAAAUAUGAAGUGAAGUGAAAAAAUUGUAUUAAAAAUUAAAAAAGUCAUGAAAUCAUAACAUAAUAUUAUAUAAUAAUUAAAUUAUGUAUAAAUAAAAUAUAAUAUAUAGAGUAAACAUAAAUUUAAACAACAC